ACACCGCCAUCCAACGACCCGGGUCGAAGCGCGCAUCUCCGGGGCUUGCAGGCUGACGGUGGGCCGAGGCAGAGAGGAGGCGUCCAGCUGGGGAGGAGGAGGAAAAACCGCUGCACUGGAUGGUGGGGGAUGAUGAUGCUAGCGAGGGUCUGAUGUUCCCCUGCACGCCCCGCUGAUACACUGUGACUGUGGGACUGGUGGUGAGGAUUAUCCAGGAGGCUGGAGGAAGGAAGACAGGGAGGGGGGAGGUUAGCAACGAGCAUCAUCCGGAGAGGACCGUUUUGCCAGGGAAGCUGGCCGACAAAUAACGCGGAACAGUAAGAAAUUGGACUUUGAAGUUGGAUGUUUAGACUGUCAUUUUCAAAGGAUACUGAGCUCCAAGGAAGAAAGUCAGUUCGUGAAUAUUCCAGAAACGCGUGCAGAUCCAACACAACUGAGUGGGAAUCAGAAAAUCCCAGUAGGGUUAUGCAACUCUAAUCAAUUGCAGUUCUAUAGAAAGUGUCCUACUAUUUCUUCCCUAGUGCUGUCUUUCUGUAGUGUUUUCGAGGGCAACUGGGAUUACUGAGGCUGGUCGUUCAUUACGGUGUUUGGGGGGGGGAUUGGACCAUAUUGGACGCUUGAUAGUCGAGGUUGGCCUCCACAGAGAGAAGAUGUCGGGGCAAACGCUGACAGACCGCAUCGCCGCGGCGCAGUACAGCCUGACUGGAUCCGAGGUGUCCCGAGCUGUGUGUAAAGCCACCACACAUGAACAGACAGCUCCAAAGAAAAAGCACAUGGAAUACCUGAUCCAGGCCACCCAGGAGACCAAUGUGAAUGUCCCCCAGAUGGCCGACACUUUGAUGGAGAGGGCCGGCAACGCCAGCUGGGUGGUGGUUUUCAAAGCACUGAUCACCACACACCACCUCAUGGUGCAUGGCAACGAGAGAUUCCUGCAGUUCCUGGCGUCUAGAAACACCCUGUUCAACCUCAGCAACUUCCUGGACAAAACUGGCUCCCACGGCUACGACAUGUCCACGUUCAUCAGACGCUACAGCCGCUACUUGAACGAGAAGGCCUUCGCCUACAGACAGAUGGCUUUCGAUUUUGUGCGAGUCAAGAAGGGAGCUGACGGAGUGAUGAGGACCAUGUCAGUAGAGAAGCUGUUGAAAGGAAUGCCAACCCUGCAGAGCCAGAUCGACGCACUGCUGGAUUUUGAUGUGCAUGCACAAGAACUGAACAAUGGAGUGAUAAAUGCCUGCUUUCUCCUACUCUUCAAAGAUCUGAUCAAAUUAUAUGCCUGCUACAAUGACGGCAUCAUUAACCUGCUAGAGAAAUUUUUCCAGAUGAAGAGGAGCCAGUGUAAAGACGGGCUGGAGAUCUACAAAAGAUUCCUGACGCGAAUGACUCGGGUUUCAGAAUUCUUCAAAAUUGCUGAGCAAGUGGGAAUAGACAAAAAUGACAUACCUGAACUCACUCAGGCCCCAGAAAGUCUUCUGGAGUCCCUGGAGACCCACCUUAACACGCUGGAGGGGAAGAAGCCGUCGCCCACUAAGGACACCACAGCCAACAACAGCUCACCGGGUGCUGCUACCGCUGCUGUUGCUGCUGCGCCGGCCAAGCCAGCACCUCCCGCUACCGCUGGCGGGCCCCCUGCUCGCCCCGGGCCACCUGCCAAACCUCCUCCGCCUUCUGUCACUCCCACUGCACCGGCCCCCACCUCCACCACUGCCAGCAAUGCUCUUGAUGAUGGGUUCUUGUUGGAUCUAGACCCUAUGUCCUCCUCAUCAGCAGGGGGCGCUGCAGCGACUUCCUCCAUGACUGGAUGGGGAGAUCUGUUGGCUGAGGCAACUCCGGCUGCCCCUGACGAAGCCUCUGAAGCUCUCUUGGCGGAGAGCGAGUCUGCUGAUUCUGCUGCCGCUUCUGCGACCACUGCCACUGCCGUUGCGGCCGCACCGGUGCCUGCCUCGCUGCCCAUUUCAGCACCAGCUACCACCGCAGCUGCAGAUAUGGACCUCUUUGGAGAUGCGUUUGCACCUUCCCCAGGAGAUGGUCCUGCUGCCGUGGCCGCGGGCCCUGCUGCUGAUGCUUUUGGUGGAUCUGACCCCUUCGCUACGACAGAGGGGAGUGCGGACAUUGCUCCAGAGCUGGACCUGUUCGCUAUGAGGCCCGCCGACAUGGGGGCCACCGCUGUCACCCCUCCCACCUCUAGUGAGGCGCCGACCAUCGUCGCCCCCAUCGUCGCCCCCAUCGUCGCCCCCGCUGCCCCCGCUGCUCCCGCUGCUCCUACCCCUUCUUCCACCACCACCACUACCACCACAACCACCAUCGACACCACCACAGAGUCUGCAGCCGCCCCGACUCUAGAUAUCUUUGGUGACUCAUUUACAUCUCCAGCUCCUGCUGCUGCUCCUGUCGCUGCUCCUGCUGCAUCUCCCGUCCCAGAGGCCUCCACUCCACCCAAAGCAGAGCCGGAACCUGUCAUUGACCUGCUGGACUCCUUCAGCAGUCCUGUGGAGGAGAUGCAGAGCUCUGCCCCUGGAGGGCCUGGAGACGACCUGCUGGGAGGCCUGAUGUCCCCUACCCUGGCUCCCACCGCUGCCCCAGCUCUGGCUCCUGCCUUGGCUCCAGCUCUGGCCUCAGGUCCAGUGCAGAAUGACCUCCUGGAGUCUGGCUUUGAUGUUCUAGGUUCCCUUACGUCUCCAACACCACCUUUACCUGCUGCAGUGGCAGCAGUAGCAGUACCAGAACCUGCAACCACCACACCGGUGCCCUCUGGUGGCUUUGAUGCUUCAAUGUUUGAUGGGUUAGGCGACUUGCUGAUGCCCGCUGUAACGCCCCAGAGCACCGGGGGCAGCACUGCUGGAAGCACAGCAGGAAGCAUGGGAACUCCUGUCGCAGCGGGAGGCAUUACAGCCGCCACCCCACCUCCUACCAAAACCAUCGGUGGCGACCUGGACUCGUCACUGGCCAACCUGAUUGGAGACCUUGGAGUAAAGAAAAAGGACCCACAGAGUGAGAAGAAGCUGACGGGAGGCGCCAACUGGAUGCCAAAGGUAGCUCCCACAAGCUGGGGCACACCAGGAGCCCCUAUGGCUGGUGCCCCCCCUGGAGCUCCGGGGGCACCUGGAGUAGCUCCACCUGCUGCAGCCAUGGUGCCACCAAUGACACAUGCACAGCCUGGGUUUGGGAUGCAGCCUCCUGCAGGAGGGCCUGGAGCUCCAAUGAUGCAACCCAUGAUGGGGCAGCCUAUGAUGGGACAGCCCAUGAUGAGACCUCCCUUCAGUGGAGUAGCUGGAGCUGCACACGGAGCAGCUGCACCAGGAGCACCGCUUUCUCCAGGACCUGCGAGCCAGAGUCCCAAGAAACCCAAGGACCCUUUGGCAGAACUCGACCUCAAGGACUUCUUAUAACGCCCCAGCUGUUUUCCGCUCUGGAGCAGGGCCCUCUCACCUUUUACCUGGUGUCUGUCAACAUCUCAGGAUGCCAGUGAUGUUUAGCUACUCAACCUAAUAAGAGCCUCUUUUCUCCACCUCGCCCAUCAACACCCUACCCUUCUCCCGUGUGAUGUUGUAGCACAAACUGUGAAAGUGAACCAUAGCGGAUUAUAUAUAUAUAUGUAUAUAUCUAUAAAUCUAUACAUAUAUAGAUAUAUAGAUAAAUAUAUAGAUAUAUAUGAGCAAAAAAAUACAAGUGUGUGCUUAGGUAGAUGUACUGAUCUUUUGUCUAAACAAAAUCACUCAAAACCCUAACAAAAAAAGUUCACAAAAGUAUGUGAGAGAAAGUGAAGGUUUAUGUGUUUAGAUUUCUUUCUAGUGUUGAGUUGAAUGAUGGAUGUGCUUUGGUGUCCUUUGCUCCACCCACUGCCCCUUAUGUGUCCCGCCUCCUUAUAAAGGGGGAGGAGCUCUUCUUUGUCCCUCUCUGAUUGGAUGAGAGUGGGAAACGAAGCCCAGGUAGAUUUUUGGAGAAACAUGUUGUGUGUUGUUUACAGAAAAGUCCUCUUUGAUGUACAUAGAUUUCUCUGGCGAGGAUUACGUCUCUAUUCUGUAUGUCUGUUGAAGAGAAAUAUAAAUGUGAAUCGGACAUGAAAAAUUGUAAGAAGUCGUGUGAGUAACCUUCUAUUUCCUGUCAUCUUUUGAAAGUAUUUGGAAACAAAUAUGAAUACAGCUAUAAGAUUAAUAUACUGUAUAUUAAGAAACAGCUUCUAUGGGCUCCUGAAUCAUAACAGACCAGGAAGUGAUCAUUUUUGUUUGUUUCAUUUUUUACUUGUGGUUUCUUUUUUUGUCUUUUUGUCCAAUCUUUCUUAUGUGUUCUGUUUCUUUUAGAAUAAUCCUCCAGACUGCUGUUGAUAUUUGCUGGCAUUGGUAUUAAAGAACAUAUCUUGCAACUUACUUCCAGAGAAAAUGCUUUGGUUAAUUGCCAUAGAGGUACACGCAAACUAUACAAGUGUCUACCUGCGGUUUUGACACUACCCAUGUGGAUAUGUCCAUUGCCUGUGCUUUCAUUUUAACUAUGACCAGGUCAGUAUGUUUUUUGGGUUUUUUUUGUAUUUAGAGGAAGAUAUUCCAUUGUCAUACCAAACUCUAUGUUCAGACAGAUCAAAUCAGAACAAAAAUAAAGUCACGUUUGAUAUUGCGCCCAGGAUUUCAAAGAAUAGCAGAAAACCAACAUGGUGCUCCAGGAGGAAGAACUUUUGUGGCUCACUUUUCUCUGUGACUAGAAAACCUCAUCACAAAAGUCAGAUUCAGGAACAUAUUAAAGGUACCCUGUAAAGUUUUUUUUGUUGUUGUUUUUUUUUUUAGCAAAGUUCUGUUUACAUUCCCUGUUUCUCAGCAAAUAAGCUUUGUGUGUUUCUUUGAGGCCUAACAAAUGUUUUGAAUGCAUUUACUUCCUCUUAAGACAUUUGAAAAGCCAAUUUAUUCUUAAAACUUUGAAAUCUACAAUGUUUACAAACAAAAAGCGCUCAUCAAAACGUUGCCUCAUAGAGCUACCAAGUGGUCAAAUUCUCCACAGGGUACCUUUAAGUUCCUUAAUACUAACCUGUUGCAUCCAGUGCAGUUGGACAAAAUCAAAUGAAUAUCUGCACUGCUGCUUUGAUAAUGUUGUAAUUACAGCAGUAAGUGCAGACAAACAAUGAGAUUUGACAACAAUUCCCAUUUGAUUGAUGUCUGGACAUAAUGUUUGUUCAAGUUGUUCAUGAUGAUUGCUGUCCUUUGGCCCAUAGUCAUAUUUUAAGUGACCACAAAGGAGCAAUGUGUACAGGCCACUGUCUGUCUAGCCAUGACGUGUUCCCCAAAAGCAUUUUAACACAAAGCUCCUUUGUUCCCACAGACUGACAGUAGAAUCAAUAUGUUGAUAUGCAUUUAAACACCUGAGGCCCCAGUCUUGUGCUGUAACCCAGACUAAUGUAAAGCUUCCUCUGUGUCUUGUCAUUUCAGUGGACUGAAUAAUCAACUGGUUGUGAGAAUCUGAUGUGAUUCAGAGAAAAUAAUGGGAGGUUAUUAACAUUUUAGAUGACUGAAUUAAAAUUGUAUUUUUGUUUAUUUGUAAAUUAAUUUUAUUUACGAUGACCCUCCCCAGUGCAUGUAAGCCCUUUGAGGUGCAAUAAAUUCAAUGACGGAUUAAAC